UGAUGCAGAAAGCUGGUUGCCCCACUGCGAAACAAAAAAGUUGAAGGUGAUUAGCAAGCAGCUGCUUCUCGAAGGCAAAGUGCAGAUAGUCUUCCCACCCGGAGUACAAUAAAUACAGCUCGGCAUUUUUGCGCACGAUUCACUGAACUUGGCCAGCUGCUGGGAAUUACGAACCAUUACCAUACUCAGUCUCGACACCUAGUACGGAAAGCCAAACGUCAUGUCUGGCGCACGCGAGGACGAUCACAUGGACGAGCACGAGCUUCCCGAGGAGCUCGACGCCGAGGAUGCGCUCGAGGAGUUUGAGGACGAGGGCGGCAUGGACCUUGACGACGAGGACGACGAGCAGAUCGAGAUCACCCUGCACAAUGACAGCAUAGCCUACCUCGAUGCGCACAAGGACUCCGUCUUCACAAUCGCACAACACCCAACUAUACCCUCGCUCUUUGCGACUGGCGGCAGCGAGGGCGACAACGACGAUGCGCCUGGGAAGGGUUACGUCUUCGACACAAGCUCCGUUGAGGGCAGGCCAGUGCUUCCCCCCAGCUACAACUCAGAUCCCAACUCGCAACAACAGAAGAGCACCGAGCUCACUCCACUUUUCGCUAUCGAGGGCCACACAGACUCGAUCAAUGCGCUCGCGUUCACAUACCCCAAAGGAGACUACCUCGUCUCUGCCGGCCUCGACGGCAAGCUCAGAGCCUAUCAGGUUUCUAUCGACCCCCGGAACAAGCCCUCGUUCAAGUUCAUCGCCGAGGCGCAAGAGGUUCCUGAGAUCAACUGGGUAUCUGCCUGCCCGUCCAAAGACUACCCCAACACGAUCGCGCUGGGCGGUUCCGAUGGUUCCGUCUGGGUCUAUACCAUCGACGCCUCCGACGCGAGCAACCCGCUUCAGAUUGUGCAGACAUACUUCAUGCAUGCUGCCGCCUGCACAGCUGGCGCGUGGUCUGGCGAUGGACUCUUGCUUGCCACGGUCUCGGAAGACAGCUCACUACACGUCUGGGAUGUCUGGGGAGUCGCCGCUGGCAAGGGCCUCGCCAACGACAACGGACAGACAGUGGUGUCUCUGACAGGAUCAGAUCAGCGUUUCGAGGUCGAGGGCGGUCUCUACAGUGUCGCCAUCGACCCACGGUCGUCCCUGGUUGCCGUGGGUGGCGCGACGGGCGCCAUCAAGAUUGUCAGUCUUCCCCGUUUGGGCGGUGAUGCUCAGGCGCCGCAGUCGAGUAAGCAGAGCAAGGCGAAGGCCAAGGGUGGCCAGGGCAGUGGCGGACAAGGCGGUGUGAUCCUCGCGGAUCUACAGGUGCAGAAGGAAAGCAUUGAGACUCUGAGCUUCUCCCCUACCCAGAGCUUGCUUGCCGCGGGCAGCGUGGACAGCAGCAUCGCCGUCUACGACACGUCGCGCGGCUUCGCGGCGCGCAAGUACAACGAGGACGCGCACGAGGGCCACGGCGUCGUGAAGGUCGAGUUCGUCAAGGGCCUUGGUGACGGCUGGCUGUUGACGAGCUGCGGCAUGGACGGUGUCGUGCGGAGGUGGGAUACGCGCAGCCAGACAGGCACGGGCGCCGUGGGCCGCGCCGACGCCACCAAGCUCCUCAAGGAAUGGAGGGGACAUCGGGGAGAUGGCGAGGGUGGCGGUGUGCUGGGUUUCGCCCAGGGUACGACUGGUGAGCGGAUUGUUACCGCGGGAGACGAUGGUGUUGUCCUUGUGUUUGAGGCUUAGACUUGCAUAAUAUUUCUCAAUAGAUACGGCACAAUAUCAAAAACAUGAUACACCAGUAGAUUUGAUGUGCUUGCGGCGCUUUGUAAAUGUCGAGGCCAUGAUUCUGAGCGUCAGCGUUCAAUUUCUGCUCGUGUUUCAUGUUUUGUCAACGA